GCUGAUUAGCUGAACGGCUUCCUCAGCCAGGCCGGGUCUCGGCGGGUCUCGGCGUUGCGUCACCUUUGGUCGCCUGACGGCAACGUGCACGCGCUCCUUCCCUGGAGGGACAGCCAGGAGACGUCAGUGCCCUGUGGUUACUGGAUGCCAUAGUGCAAGUACAGUUUUCCAGUGGAUGUGAGGAGCCAGAGCAAGCCUGUGAUCUACACAUGGAGGCUGUUUCUCUUCCAUACACCAAAAUGGUUCAAGUUCCAGAAAACAUUGAUUUCCCUGCCGAAGAAGAGAAAAUCUUGAAGUUCUGGUCUGAAUUUAAUUGUUUUCAAGAAUGCUUAAAGCAGUCAAAACAUAGGCCAAAGUUUACUUUCUAUGAUGGGCCUCCUUUUGCAACUGGACUGCCUCAUUAUGGACAUAUACUUGCAGGGACAAUUAAAGAUAUAGUUACCAGAUAUGCUCACCAGAGUGGAUUUCAUGUUGACAGAAGAUUUGGAUGGGAUUGUCAUGGCUUACCUGUGGAAUAUGAAAUUGAUAAGCUACUGGGAAUCAGAGGACCAGAGGAUGUAGCCAAAAUGGGAAUUAUGGAAUAUAACAAUCAGUGCCGAACCAUUGUGAUGAGAUAUUCUACCGAGUGGAAGUCUACUGUUACCAGACUUGGCCGAUGGAUUGACUUUGACAAUGACUAUAAAACUCUGUAUCCAGAAUUCAUGGAAUCUGUCUGGUGGGUCUUCAAACAACUCUAUGAUAAAGGCCUUGUUUAUAGAGGUAUGAAAGUGAUGCCCUUUUCUACUGCAUGCAACACUCCACUUUCCAACUUCGAAUCUCACCAGAAUUACAAGGAUGUUCAAGACCCUUCAAUAUUUGUAACCUUCCCUUUGGAGGAAGAUGAAAAUGUAUCUUUGGUUGCUUGGACAAGUACUCCCUGGACUCUCCCUAGCAACCUUGCCCUCUGUGUUAAUCCAGAUUCGCAGUAUGUAAAGAUUAAAGAUGUUGUCAGAGGAAAAUCACUCAUUUUAAUGGAAGCCAGAUUACCAGCCCUCUUUAGAUUGGAGAGUGACUAUGAGAUCCUGGAAAGGUUUCCUGGUGCCUAUCUCAAGGGCAAGAAAUACAGGCCACUGUUUGAUUAUUUUGUAAAGUGUAAAGAGAAUGGUGCUUUUACUGUGCUUGUUGACAGCUACGUGAGGGAGGAAGAAGGCACUGGGGUUGUACAUCAAGCUCCUUACUUUGGCGCAGAUGAUUAUCGGGUCUGUAUGGACUUCAACAUCAUUCAGAAAGAUUCUGUCCCUGUUUGCCCUGUGGAUGCUUCAGGCUGUUUCACAGCAGAAGUGACAGAUUUUGUGGGACAAUAUGUGAAGGAUGCUGACAAAAAUAUCAUCAGGACCCUGAAGGAACAAGGCCGACUUCUUGUUGCCAGCACCUUCACUCAUAGCUAUCCUUUCUGUUGGAGGUCGGACACUCCUCUCAUUUACAAAGCAGUGCCCAGCUGGUUUGUGCGGGUUGAACACAUGGUAGACCAGCUGCUGAAGAACAAUGAUUUGUGUUACUGGGUCCCAGAGUUUGUGCGAGAAAAGCGAUUUGGGAAUUGGCUGAGAGAUGCACGUGACUGGGCAAUUUCCAGAAACAGAUACUGGGGCACCCCUAUCCCACUGUGGGUCAGUGAGGACUUCGAGGAGAUAGUAUGCAUUGGAUCAAUUGCGGAACUUGAAGAACUGUCAAGAGCAAAGAUCUCAGAUCUCCACAGAGAGAGUAUUGACCAUCUGACCAUUCCUUCACGCUGUGGGAAGGGAUUGCUGCGCCGCAUCUCUGAAGUGUUUGACUGUUGGUUUGAGAGUGGCAGCAUGCCCUAUGCUCAAGUUCAUUAUCCAUUUGAAAACAAGAAGGAGUUUGAAGAUGCAUUUCCUGCAGACUUCAUUGCCGAAGGCAUUGACCAAACCAGAGGAUGGUUUUACACUCUUCUGGUGCUGGCCACAGCUCUCUUUGGACAGCCGCCCUUCAGGAAUGUGAUUGCGAAUGGACUCAUUCUUGCAAGUGAUGGCCAAAAAAUGAGCAAACGAAAAAAGAAUUAUCCAGAUCCACUUUCAAUCAUCCAUAAAUAUGGUGCUGAUGCCCUCAGAUUGUAUCUGAUUAACUCCCCUGUGGUAAGAGCAGAAAACCUCCGCUUUAAAGAGGAAGGUGUGCGUGAUGUCCUGAAAGAUGUGCUACUCCCUUGGUACAAUGCCUAUCGCUUCUUCAUCCAGAACAUCCUAAGACUGCAGAAGGAGGAGAAAAUGGAAUUCCUCUACAAUGAGAACAUGGUUAAAAAAAGUGCCAACAUCACAGACCGAUGGGUCCUGUCCUUCAUGCAGUCACUCAUUGCAUUCUUUGAGACCGAAAUGGCAGCCUAUAGGCUCUAUACUGUGGUGCCUCGCCUGGUCAAGUUUGUCGAUAUUCUCACCAAUUGGUAUGUCAGAAUGAACCGCCGAAGAUUAAAGGGUGAAAAUGGGACAGAGGAUUGUGUUAUGGCCCUGGAGACCUUGUUUAGUGUUUUAUUUUCUCUGUGCAGACUUAUGGCCCCCUAUACACCUUUUCUUACUGAAUUGAUGUACCAGAAUCUUAAGAUGCUGAUUGACCCCGUUUCUGUCCAGGACAAGGAUACAUGCAGCAUCCACUACCUCAUGCUGCCCCGUGUUCGAGAGGAACUGAUUGACAAGAAAAUCGAGAGUGCAGUCUCUAGAAUGCAGUCUGUCAUUGAACUUGGGCGAGUGAUUCGAGACCGCAAAACUAUUCCAAUAAAGUAUCCUUUGAAAGAAAUUGUGGUUAUACAUCAUGAUCUGGAAGCUCUUAAUGAUAUCAGGUCUUUGGAGAAGUAUAUCAUUGAGGAAUUGAAUGUUCGAAAAGUUACACUGUCUACAGAUAAAAAAAAGUAUGGUGUUCGCCUAAGGGCAGAGCCAGAUCACCUGAUCCUAGGGAAGCGUCUGAAGGGAGCCUUCAAGGUGGUGAUGACAUCCAUCAAGCAGCUGAGCAGUGAGGAGCUGGAGCAGUUCCAGAAGAGUGGGACCAUUGUUGUGGGAGGUCAUGAAUUACAUGAAGAAGAUAUUCGCCUCAUGUACACCUUUGAUCAGGCAACAAGUGGAACAGCACAGUUCGAAGCACACUCGGAUGCUCAGGCUUUGGUUCUCUUAGAUGUCACCCCUGACCAGUCAUUGAUAGAUGAAGGAGUGGCUCGGGAAGUCAUCAAUCGCAUCCAGAAACUUCGCAAAAAGUGCAAUCUGGUUACAACUGAUGAAAUAACAGUCUAUUACACAGCACAGUCUGAAGAAAAAUAUCUGAGUACCAUUAUUGAAAGCCACAUGGAGUUCAUAUUUGCCACCAUAAAGGCUCCCUUGAAACCAUAUCCAGUACCUACAUCAGAUCAAAUUCUUAUUCAAGAAAAAAUUCAGUUAAAGGGGUCUGACCUGGAAAUUACACUUACCAGAGGAUCAUCCAAGCCUAGCCCUGCUUGUGCAUAUGUCAACCUUUUCAUUUGUGGAAAUGGCAGUGAGCAAGGUGGAGUAUUGCUUCUGGAAAAUCCAAAAGGCGAUAAUAGGUUAGACCUUUUAAAGCUGAAGAGUGCUGUUAAUAGCAUUUUUGGUGUGAAAAAUACAGAGCUGGCUGUCUUCCAUGGUGAAACAGAAAUACAAAAUCAAACCAACCUACUGAAUCUUAGUGGGAAAACACUAUGUGUGACCGCAGGAUCAGCUCCCUCUCUGAUUGACAGUCCUAGUACUCUUCCCUGUCAGUAUAUCAACCUACAACUCCUGAACACACACCCACAAGAGUGUUUACUGGGAACAGUGGGUACUCUCCUGCUUGAAAACCCAUUCGGACAGAAUGGACUCACCUAUGAAGGUCUUCUGUAUGAAGCAGCCAAGGUGUUUGGCCUUCGCAACAAGAAGUUAAAGUUAUUUCAGGAUGAGACUCAAAUGAAUGAAAUUACAGAAAAAAUCCCCAUGAAGACUUUGAACAUGAAGACUGUGUAUGUUUCUGUAUUUCCCACAUCAUCUGACUUCUAACAUUUUAUUAUCAAUGAGGUUCAGUUAACCUUUCCCUGGCAUGUAUCUGUCCCUACACACAUACACACACAUAUAUACAUGUAAACAGCUGUAUAUUGAAGAUAUUUCUUUCAGGUACAUGGGUAUAAUAUGCUGCUUUUGGCCUAAAUUAGAAGUGGGAUUGAUCCAUCAUGUAGCCUGAGACCUAUACAGUUGUGUUGGGAGAAGGUUACAAUGUUACCUCAGCACUAGAGUUUAUUUCUAUACUUGAAUUCUUAAUUAUAUUAUAGAGGGUAGAAGUGAUUAAAAUGGCAUAAUGUAUGUUAUUCUGUGGUCUUUAAAGCUGUUGAAAGAAUGAAUAAAUAUCUGUAUUUUCCUGGGGAAUUUCAUGGAAUAUUUUGUUCCACUAAAACAACAACAAAAAACAUCUUUCUCUCAAAUGAUAAAUGGGUUAAAAGUAAUUUAUUCUCCCAUACUUUAAUGAAACUUGAAACUUAUUGUCUUCAAAGAACACAAAAACUUAAUAGUGACUUCUAUAUUAAAACAGUGGACUGAACAUCUUAUUUUACUUCUGCCCAAAAUCCUGUGUGUAACAGAAGCAGCAACCAAGACAAAAUUAGAUGUGCAAGAUUUAUUGGGGGAAACAUACAUGAAAAAUAAAGGGGAAAGGGAGCAAGCAUAGGUAGAGGGAACCUUCAAACUGCAAUUUAGGUCUGGCACCUGUGAAAAGUUAAGAGGGAAAAAGAAAAUUAAUUAGAAAAAGCCAAGACUGCUGUGCAACUCUCAGAAAAUCUUGAUCAGGCCAGUCAAAGUCCCCAGGCAAGGAUCCAAAAAUAAAAUAAAGAGUUUAGAGUUUGGUAGAAAUAA